GAGCAGCCACGUGUGUACGUGUCAGGGUUAGAAAUCGCUGCUCCGCUGGGCACGCCGGAGGAGACGGGAAAAGACGCAGAGAAAAUCAGUUGCCGCCGCGUUUUCCAAAUUCCCGAGCGAGCGUUCCUGCUCGCCGCCGCUUCCAAGAAACGGAGAGAACCGAGGAGGAAAAUUGCGGUGAUUCAUCGCGGGCAGAUCGGAGGCAGGAAAUGAGAGUUUGCUGCCUGCCCCGUGCCCGGCGUGGGCUCCGUGGGCUCGGGCUCGCCGGGGCCUGGCUGGCGGCGAGGGCCUGACACCCACGGGUCGAGCAUCCCUGCGCCGCGGCCGGAGCUGCCGGAGGAGCCACCGGCGAGGCAAACACAACCGGCGGAGGCCGAGAGCCGGAGCAGCGGGAAUUUUUCACCUGCGUUUCUCCGGAGCCAUCCAAGCGAGAGCUGCCCGGACAGUGACCGGGGGCCGGACCCAGGCUCCCCGUGCUUGCUGCAGCCCCGUCACCCUGGAGGGUUCCGGAUAACUCAGAUGUGGCAUCGGAGUUGCUUGACCCCAUCCUGACCCGGCCUUCACCCGCGCUCCCCGCUGCCAUGAAGAGGAAGCCGGGGAAUGGGCGGGGGCCGGACUCCGCGGCCCCCCAGCAGCGAGCCCGCUCUGUCACCAAGCCAGCAGAGUACGUGGGAUCCUUCAUGGUGGAGGAGCUGGACCUGCAGCAGCGAGCGGGGCGGGUGGAGGAGCAGCUGCGGGCGCUGAAGGACUGUCCCCGGAGGAGGUCGGUGGUGCUGAGGUUCAGCUUGCAGGGGCUGAAGGUCUACGGAGCUGAUGGGGAGACGCUGCUGAUGGCACACGCACUGCGCCGCAUCCUCUACAGCACCUGGAGCCUCCCCGACCGCCAGUUCGCCUUCGUGGCCCGCAACCCCCACAGCCCCCCCAGCGCCCUCUUCUGCCACCUCUUCGUGGGGCUCCCGGGAGAGGUCCAGACCCUGCACCUCCUGCUCUGCCGCUCCUUCCAGCUCUGCUACCUCCUGGCGCACCCCGAGGAGCAGGCGCCCGAGGGGGAGUUCCCGGGGCCGGGGGUGCUGCGGGAGCCCCUCAACCCCGAGGAGGUGUCACGAAAUGUCAACGCCCUCGUGUCCUUCCGGCGCCUGCCCGGCCUCGGCCCGCUGGGCACCGGGGACCGGCGGCCGGAGGCGGAGGGCAGAGCCUGGCGCCCGGGGAACCCCUACUGCUCGCCGGUGCUGGUGCGCAAGAAAGCCAUCCGGAGCAAAGUGCUGCGCUCGGGAGCCUACCGGGACUGCGGGGCCGAGGGGCAGCUCCACCAGCAGCCCCGCGACGCCGCGGCGGCGGGAGGGGAAAGCAAAGGGGCGAGGAGCUUGGCCUUCCUGCCCGAGAACGAGAGCGUCCUCGCCGAGAGCGUGUGGUCCUUCGCCGGCAUCGCCAGGGCCGCCGGGGUCUCGCUGCUGCGGCGGGACGUGCCCGGUUCCUUCCUGCUGCGGGCCGAGCCCGGGCUGCCCAAGCGCUGGUGCCUGUGGGUGCGGGCUCCGUGCGGCGUGGUGAGCUACGGUGUGCUGCGGACACAGCACGGCCGCUUCUGCGUGGAGCACUCCAACGCCGAGUUCUCCAGCGUGGCCGCUCUCCUGGCUCACUACUCCGGCCCACCGGGGGGCUGCUUCUGCCGCCUGGGCCCCGGCCGGCGCAACCCCGGCUACGAGGAGCGGGACCCCGGCGGCGGGGCCAGCGCGGGGCCGGGGGAGGCCGCCUGGGCCCCCGCUGCCCCCGCCGGGGUGCAGCACGAGCGGGGAUAGGCCGGGACCCCGCGCGGCCCCCCCGGCACCCCCGGCUUUCACCCGCUGCCUGCCUUACCCCGGCCGGGCUGGCCGCUCCCCCGCAAUAAAGGCU